CCAAAAAAAUUUCUAGAACAUUUAAGUAUGAGCUAAGGAUAUAAUUGUGAGAAAAUAAUAUUGUUGAGCUUAAUCAUAAAAUUUUCAAAUAUAAGGGACUUAAAAGAGAAAAGAAUUAGGAUAAGGAUGGUUGCUUUUUUUCUUUCUUUCUUCCUCAGCCGCGCGUUCUGCUCUUUUUCUUCUCCCUUGCAGCCGAACAAGAAGCCCAAGCCACCGACCAGACCACCCUCUCGAGAAACGGUAAAAGCUUGAUUUUUCCCUUCUUUUCUUGUUCAAGAACAAGAUUUAGAACUUAGAAAUCUUCCCCCUGCAGAAAAUUUCAGAUCUGCUCUGCUCCUUCCCCCUCCGUCCGCUGCUCUUGGUUUGUGGGUGUGAAUUUUUCAGGUUUCUGGUAAGGAAACAGCCACUAAUUCCUCUUUUCUCCCUUGAUUUGGCUUGGGUUUAUUCUAAUUUCUUUUGGUUUCUCCCAAUUUCUGGUAGAUCCCCUGAUUUCUCCUUCAAUUUCCGUUGGUUUCCCCAACCCACCAGCUCCGAUUUUUGCUUGCUGAAUUUCUGGUAUGUGACAGCUCCCUCUAAGUCCAAAUUUACCCAUUAGUUGCUGAGUUUAUCCAUUAAAUGCCUGUGCUGUCCAAAUUUUUGCUAAAAUAGGGGAUGAAUUCCGGUAGCAAUUAGAACAUUUUUUUCAGCUUGAUUUAUGUAGAAAUUAUCUUGAUUGGCUGCUAUUUUUGUCUGGAACUAUUUGCUGUUUGUGUCCAGAAAUUGUACCUGUUGUGGUGCAAAAUUUUGCUGCGUUUUCUGCAAAUUCGCUGCUGUUUUUCUCUGCAAUUUGCUGCUGUUUUUACUGCUAUUUACUAGAAAAUCCUGCUGUUCUUGCCAUAAAAUUUUACUGUUCAUGCAGGAAAUUAUGUUGUUUUGUUGCUGCAUUUUCUGCAAAAUUGCUGCUGUGUUUUCUGCAAAUUGUUGCGGCAUUUUUCUGCAUAUUCCUUACUGUUUUCUGCACUUUUAUAACCCUAAAAAAUUCUGCAUUUUCCUGCACUCUUUCUAGCUGUUUCUGCACUGUUUUUAAGCCAGAAAAAAUUCUGUAUUUUCUC